UUUCGGCCUCUUUCCUAAUUGGUAAUACCCCUGAUUUUCGUCUUCCAGCCAUUUUUCUGUUCUAAACCUCUGCAUAUAAUCCUGUAUCAUCAGAGUUUCUUCUUUUCUAAAGAAGUCUCAAGUACACCGAAAAGAUUUCAAGGAAAAUGGAUAUGUCUUUUGUACACAAUGAAGGUAUUCAUAUUCGGACUUCACUAUCAAAUAUCAUAUUGAGGAGUACCAACACACUCGAUUCAAUUUUCUCUCACUGCUCAUCAUCAGUCCCCUGUUAUAACCCUGUUGCAGAGCCAUUAGGCUCUUCAAUGUAUUCCCAACAAAAGUUCUCUGAAGAAAAUCUAUCAAGAAAUGUGCAUUUACAAACACAAAUUCCCAACCAUUUUCAGAAACCUGAAUACAGAAACAGCAAUACGAGGCUAUCAAAAAAGAAUAUGUACCGAGGAGUACGACAGAGGCAUUGGGGAAAAUGGGUAGCUGAAAUCAGACUCCCACAUAAUAGAACAAGAGUAUGGCUGGGGACCUAUGAGACAGCCGAAUCUGCAGCCUAUGCAUAUGACCGUGCUGCUUAUAAGCUUCGUGGCGAACAUACACGCUUGAACUUCCCAAAUCUAAGCAAGUUGGGAACCGGAGAUGAUUCAAGAUUGAAUGCUUUGAGAAAUACCGUGGAUGCAAAAAUUCAAGCUAUUCUACAAAAACUUAAGCAAGAGAAGUCCAAUAAGAUUAGUAGGAAAUGUGCUGGGAUUGAGAGUCAAAAAGUGAUGAUAGUAGAGUCAAGUUCUUCGACUUCAUUGACUAAUGAUGACAAUAGUCUGAGUAAUGAAAUGGUCUCAUCUAGUGUUUCUGAAGAUGGGUCGAGUAAAGGCUUGAACUCUCCCUACUCUGUUACAGGCGAUUGUUUGGGGUUGGCUGGGGAUGUGGAAUUCAAAGGCUUCACCCUCGCGCAUAUGCCAUCAUAUGAUCCAGAGCUCAUCUGGGAAGUUCUUGCUAAUUAAUAGGAAACAUUUUGGUUUCAAUCUAAACAUUUGCAGCAGCAACUGCAGAUUAGGUAUUUAAUAAUGAGCUAUCGAGAAAACAGUAGAUGAGUAUAGUUUUCUAGUUGUUAUACCCUUAUAUUUGAACAUGUGU